UCUGAUUACGAGAUCCCACUGGAUAAGGCUUGGGAAUUUCCAAGAGAAAAACUCCAGGUCAGCAGCAUCCUUGGUGAAGGAGCAUUCGGUACUGUGUACAUGGCAACUGCAGUUGGUGUUGAUUCAUCCAAUCCGGAAGCCUCUACUAAAGUCGCCGUCAAAAUGCUCAAAGAGAACGCCAGUGACCAGGAUGUUGUGGACCUGGUGCAAGAGAUGGAGAUGAUGAAGAUCAUCGGGCGACACAAGAAUGUUCUCAGUCUGCUGGGAUGUUGCACUCAGAACGGCCCACUCUUCGUCAUCCUGGAGUACGCUGCCAACGGCAACCUUCGAGAUUUCCUCAGAGACAAACGACCGAAAAAUUUCCGACUGCAGAACUGCGUGGUGGAGGUUCCAUUGGAUUACUUGACUUACAAAGAUCUAGUUACCUUCGCUCUGCAGAUUGCUAAGGGCAUGGAGUUUUUAGCUUCAAAAAUGUGCAUCCACAGGGACCUGGCAGCUCGAAACGUUCUUGUAUGCGAGGAUUACACGUUGAAGGUCGCAGAUUUUGGACUGACGAGAAAUGUUCUCAAGAGUGACUACUACAAGAAAAAAACUGAUGGUCGUCUGCCAGUCAAAUGGAUGGCCCCUGAGGCGCUUUUCGACAGGAAGUGUACAGUCAAAAGUGAUGUCUGGUCAUACGGGAUUCUGUUAUGGGAAUUGUUUUCACUUGGAGGCAAUCCCUAUCCGUCGGUUCCCGUUGAAAAGAUCUUCCAACUCCUGAAGGCGGGGUAUAGGAUGGAAGCCCCUGUCUACUCAUCCAAUGAAAUUUACUCGCUGAUGCUCUCCUGCUGGCAUCAGAGCCCUGACCACCGACCAAGCUUCAACAAGAUCGUCAACAGUCUCCAUUCUGUCCUCAGAUCUGUCGAGAACCAGGUGAUUAAUUGA